AUGGUGGAGGUCGACAAUCGGAGGGCAGUUGCCCUACAGGAGCGAAAUGACGACAGUGGAAUGGUGGCCUCCAAGUCCAUGGAAAAUCUCUCUUUCGGUGGUGUUGCUGCCGUGUAUCCACAGGCGAAGAUGCCCAAGAAGUACCGUGCACCUGCCAAAGGUGAAGUCAGCACCUACCGAGGAGCUGGAGUCCUCCCAGUGACAAGGCUGGAAGAUGGCCAAGCGCGUGUCCUUCUCUGGCAGCCACAGAGCGGGAAGAAGAAGGGUGUCCGGUGGUACGACUUCGGAGGUCGGAAGAAGGUCCCCGAAGAGUUCGCCAGUACCUGUGCAUGCCGGAAGUUCGCUAAGGAGACCUACGGACUGUUUGGAUGCGCCUUGAAGCUGGAGGGCGACAAUGCACCAGCACAGCUCCAGGAGUUGUACCAAGGCCUGGCGAAUUUGCCACUCAUGCUCAGAUCCAGCGAGGAGUGGGCUCACCUGCAGCUCCUAGACGAUGGCGCACGGAUCUUUUACAACGACAUUCACGAGUACUUCUUGUACAUGCUCUGCGUGCCGUAUGUUCCCGAGGACGUCCUCAAUGAGGUGUCCAAGAUCGUCGACAAUCGGAAACGGGUUUUCAGGUGGAUGACAAUGGAGGAGCUUGCACAAGAAGUAAUGGCACCAAGACUUCACACAGCGAGCUUGGCAGAGGCACUCGAGAAUCUCCAAGAGGAUCCUUUGGUCUUUCCAAGCCGGGCCUACGGCACUGCAGCUAGCAAUGUGGCGACGGGAAGCUUCGCGGCGGCUGUUGUGCGAUGA